AUGAGGCUGCGCGCGGCCACCGCCCGCUCCCUGGCGCACGCCAGCGCCUGGGGCUGUCUGGCCACCGUGUCCGCCCACGAAAAGAUCCAAGGACUGCCGUUCGGAAGCUGCCUGCCGAUCAGUGACGGCCCCUUCAACAACAGCACUGGGACCCCGUUCUUCUACAUGACCGCCAAGGACCCUGUGGUGGCCGACCUGAUGAAGAGCCCCAUGGCCUCGCUGUCACUGCCAGAAUCAGAAGGAGAAUUCUGCAGAAAAAACAUCGUCGACCCAGAAGAUCCCCGAUGUGCCCGGCUGACGCUCACAGGCCGAAUGAUCGCGGUGUCUCCAGAAGAAGUAGAAUUUGCCAAGCAAGCCGUGUUUUCAAGGUAUCCAGGGAUGAGGAAGUGGCCUCGCCAGUAUGAAUGGUUCUUUAUGAAGAUGCAGAUAGAGCACAUCUGGCUUCAGAAAUGGUAUGGAGGAGUAGCCGACAUUUCAAGGGAGGAAUAUUUCAAAGCAGUUCCCAGAAAGGCCUGAUGGAGUAUGAAGAAAGUCUUCAGUGUUUGCAUUCAAAUGAAAACCUUUGAAGUGAUGCUGUGGGACAGCCAUUGACUGCUGUCUCUCUGUUGAAGGGUUCACAGCAGCCUUGUCACGAGAGAGGGUGCACAGGGCAGCCUGUGCUAGGUUUGAGUUUAAAGUGGUCACUGGCAGGUCCCCAGUUCACACAGGCACUUCACACACAGUCUUUGUUUACAUUGUGUUCAACCUAGACUUGCCUAUUAAUAUUGGAGAAUCAUUGUCGGCUGUCAGAAUGACACACUGACACCACUUCCGAUCCAUUCUCUAAGGAGGAAAAAAAUUUGCCUGUACAUGCAAUGUGAUUGUUUUGUAUUGUGAGAGUAGUCUUCUUGCUUGCUGUACCAGCAGGGUCUUGGUUCUAAGCCCAUGGCAACCUCGAGGGCGAUGCAGUGCGGCCACUGCACUGUGUUCAGGGGAGGCUGGAGGGCUGUUUGUCUGUGGAUUCUCAUCAUGCUGCUGGAUUGCAGUGCAUUCCUCAGUCACAUUUGCUAGACUGUACUGGCCACCUAUGGAGCUUUUUAGUCCCUCACUGUAACAUGAGAACAGCAUAAGAACGCCCCAAGCUUUGUGCCCAGCCCUGUUCUGUGUAAGCAGAGUCAUGGUAGCACAUUAAAGAUGAAGAAGAGGCUUUGGCAUUGGGCUCCCCAGGCCCCCACUGCUCACACUUCUGACAAGAGUUCUCUUCUCACGUGCAUGAGGAGUGGAAUCUAAAAUAAGAAGCACCUCAUUCUACAGCGUACAAGGAGGAGAGGGGUGAGGGAAAGCUGGAAAAGCAAAGGUCACAUAAAAAAGAAGAAAGGAAAAAAGGUAGUAACUGAGGGCCUGCUCACGUCCCAGCCAUGGGCCAGGUCCUGGACAGAGGUCAUCUCACCUAAGCCCUACGACCAAUGAGAUGCAUGCCAUCAUCGCCACUUACAGACAAGAAAACUGAGGCUCAGAGAGUCUGGGCCAACAUUCCAAGGCCUGUCUCCAGCACUAACUGCACACAAUGGACCGAGGGGCACCUAGAAGUCUUGAAAUGCACAGGUAGAAAUCAAACCAGGAAAAUCUGGAAAGUGAUUUUAAAAGAGGAUGAUUAACUUUCCUGGAGUUGAUUUGUCACUAUUUUUGGGGAGAGGGUACAACCUCCAAAAUGUGAUUCUUAUUAAUACUACAGAUUUAAAUUUUUCUACAAAUUAUAUGUAGGUGUUUGCAAGAAACCAGAUUGUACUGUGUACUCAUCUAAGGCCUACAUGAACUUGUGUGUACACAUCUGAGACCUCUUAUAAUGAAAACCUAUUAAGGAUCUACCAGUACUUAAAUUUCCUGUUUUUCUAAAAUGCCUGAAAACUCUUUGGUAAGUUAAGUAUCUUCUAUAGCAUAAAGACACACCACUAAAUACAGGAAAUAUACAUUUUUUAAAAUAAAUAAACACAGUGUUAAUGGUUAUACUUUUGUUUAACAAAAUAAGACAUGAAGAGAGUUUGCAUUGUUAGAAUAUAUUUUAACUUACCUAUUACUAAAACACAGUAAGAUGCACAGAAUUUUUUGUCGUAAUCCAAUUCUCAAAAGAAUUCCUAAUGAUGGUGAUUUAAUACUGAAGAAUAGGGUACUUUUGAGGGUAUUCAUAUUUUAGGAGUUUAACAUUAUUUGUUACCCCCAAUUUAGAGGAAAAGGGGAAAAGUUGGAAGAAUGACCUACAUGCUCAAAACUACUUCAUAAGUCAACCUCAAACUUUAAUUCUUGGAGCAUCACUGCCUCUUUCUUGGUUCUACAGAUAACGCUCCUAUGCUGGGUUUGCUUUUAUAGACAGAAUUCAUUUAGCUCAUUAAAGGUCACUGCUUCUUCGAACGGCUUUGCAAAAUGAGUACCAUUUGUAACCACCAAUGAAUAUUAUCAGCUACUUAUUCAAAUUACAGGAAAUGGAAUCUGAACAGGUUGGGUGAUAAGAAUAGUGUUUAAAAUGUAUACUUUUGAGUCUGAUGGUCCUCAUUCAGGCAAUUAUGUUUUGGCAAAUCUCUAGAAAUUUACAUUGAUUAAAAUUUUAAAGACUGUAGUUAUUGCAGUAAGACAAGAAAAUAAGUAAAAAAACAUACAUAAUAGAAAGAAAGAAAUGAAAUCAUUCCUAUUUAUAGUUAACACAAUUUUCCACACAAGAAAUUCCAAACAACCUAUUUUGAAAAACAAAUAAGCAAACUCCUAGAACUAACAAGUGACUGCAGCAAGGUCUCAGGACACAGGAUUAGCACACACACAAAAAAAAUUCAAUCACAUUUUUGUAUGCUAACAAUGAACAUGUGGAAACCAAUACUAAAAAUAUAACACCAUUUACAAUCACUCCUCCAAAAAAUUAAAUACUUAGGUAUAAAUUUAAUAAAACAUGUACAAGAUCUAUUUGCUAAAACUUUCUAUUGCUAGUAAAAGAAAUAAUAGACCUUAAAAAACGAAGAGCAAUACCAUGUUCAUGGAAUGGAAAACACAAAACAGUAAAGAUGACAAUCUUCCUCAAAUUGAUCUCUAACUUUAAUGCAAUUUCUUUAAAAAUCUCAGCAAGGUGUUUGUAAACAUAUUUUAUUUUUAAAAAUAAAAAAAAAAACCCACAGGCUUUAGAAUAGCUAAAGCAAUCUUGUAAAAGAACAAUAAAAGAAAUCACUCUACCCAAUACAAGCAGUUAUCAUAUAGCUAUAGUACUCAGUACAGUAUGAUACUAGUGAAGGCAUAAAUAUAUAGACCAAUGGAAUAGAAUACAGAAUCUAAAAAUAGGCCCAUGCCAAAUAUUCAGUUGAUUUAUUUACAAAGGUACAAAGUGACCAACAGAAUAAAAAUAUUCUUUUCAAUAAAUGUGCUGGAACAAGUAGAAAUCUAUAGAUAAAUGAACUGAACCUCAAACUAAGCUGUAUACCUUGUACAAAAAGUAAGAGAUCAUAUCCACAAUCACAAAUGUAAACCCAUAAGAUAAUAGAAAAUCUUUGGGACCUAAAGCAAAGAAUGAUUAGAUUUGGAAUCAAAAUCAUAAUCCAAAUAAGGAAAAUCUGAUAAAUUAGACUAUAUCAAAAUUGAAAACUUUUUCUCUAUAAAAGAUCAUCUUAAGAGGAUGAAAGUAUAAGCUACAUACUAAGAGAAAAAAAUUUGCAAACCAGAUAUCUGACCAAAAAAAGCUAAUAUCUAGAAUAUAUAAAGUUCAAAACUCAAUGGUUUAAAAAAUCCAACUAGAAAAUGAAGAACGUGAAUAGACAGUUCUCUGGGAAAGAUAUACAAAGGGUAAAUAAGCACCUGAAAAGAUAUUCAACAUCAUUAGUUAUCAGAGGUCUGCAGACUAAAAUGCUCUAUCACUAUACAGCUACCAAAUUGGCUAAAAUAAAGUGACAACACCAAAUGCUGGCAAGGAUACAGAAAAAUUAGAUCAGUCACUUACUGCUUGUGGAAGCGGGAAAUAGGGCAGCCACUCUGGAAAACCAUUCAGCAAUUUCCCAUCAAAGUAAACAUGCAACUGCUAUACCAUCUGGUAACUGUACUCCUGGACAUUUAUCCCAGAGACGUGAAAACUUAGGUUCACACAAACUCUUGCACAUGAAUGUUCAUACUAUUAUUCACAAUAUUCAGAAACUGGAAACAACCCUUAACAAGUAGCUGGUGAAACAAAUGGUGGUACAUCCACGCCGUGGAAUACUACGCAGCAACAUAAAGGAACUAAUUACUGCUACAAGUUGGAUACAUCUCUAGAGAAUUAUGCUAAGAGAAGCCAGACCUAUAAGUUUACACACUGUAUGAUUCCAUUUAUAUAACAUUUUAAAAUGCAAAAUUAUAGGAUUGGAGAAUAGAUUAGGAGUGGAGAGAAGAGAGAGAAGACAAAGAAGGGUGGAUGUGACUAUAAAAGCAUAAAACAAGAGAUCCUUGUGAUGGAAGUGUUUGGUGUCUUGACCAAAUCAAUGUCAAAAUCCUGGUUGUGUUAUUGUACUAUAUAGUUUUGCAAUCUGUUACCAUUGGGGAAAACGAGGUCAAAGGUACACAGGAUCUUUGUAAUAUGUACAGCUGCAUGUGAAUGACAAUUAUCUAAAACUAUUUCACAAUCUAUAAUUAUCUCAGAGGAAAAAAAUUUAAUAUAUACAAGAAUUAGGUCUUAGCUUAAUUAAGGCACUUACGCUAUCUCUCCCACUGGUCCCUAAUAAAAUGAGGAACUGAAGAACAUGCCAAAACCUAGCAGAAAAGAGACAGCAUUUGUUGUUAACUAUGAGUACAUCACUUAUAAAGGAGAUGUUAAGUCGUCUUUAAAAGUUUUCUUAAUGUAUUUAAUGUUGAAUAUAAAUUAAGAACAUUUAACAAAUCUACUGCGUAGCUUUUAUGUGGGACACCUAGAAGGGAAGAAUAUCUUCAAUUUUCUAACAUCAAUGUGUUGGCUAAGAUAUAGCUCUAUAUAAAUACCUAAAUCUGUAAAUAAUGAUUCUCCUUUAGAGCAAAGAACUAUCUUCCCGGUAAUCUUCCUCUGACUGUUCCAGGAAAUCAUUUAUUUCUGUACAUAAGCUCACUAAAGUAUAUUCAAAAAGCUGACUGUGAUAAUGCAUGUCUGUAAUCCCAGCUACCUGAGGACUUGAAGCAGGAGGAUCACAAGUUUGAGGCCAGCCCAGACCACCCAGUGAGAUCAUGUCUCUAGGAAAAAAGAAAAAAUGUAUAUAUAAUAUAUAUCCAGACCUUCAUGUUUCUAUGUGCAGUGAUUGUACACGUCCAUGAUGUUGACAUAUAGAAUGCAAUUCUUAUGCUAUUUGUUCCAAAAUGCCUUGAAUAUAUUGACUGCUUCCAAGAGUUGUUUUUCGUUAGAAAUGUAUUUCCACAGUUUUGCCAGUCUGCAUUUUGUUUUUAACAAUUUAACUAUCCAAUAAAGUUCUGAAAAUAAAACCUCUCUAGAAAAUAAACCUCUCUUACUGAUGCUUACUGGACUGCUGUGAGAGUAAGCGGAUUAUUGUAACCUUUGAGUUCUAACAACGUCAUGAUUUGUCUGUGCCGUGGAAUGCAUGUGAGGGUGAAAUCUGUUUCUAAAUCUAGAUGUCUAUUUAAGCAGAUUGUUCAUUCCUGGUAUGAUUUCUGUGCUUAGGUAAAUGAAAUUAUGAUAUUUAUAGUCUUUA